AUGGAAAAUCUGUCGAGGGUGGCUCCAGAUACGAUAAAAGCAUCAAAAUCAUCGGGGAAUAAUAAGAAGUCCGGCCAUUUGAGCUUAAUUCAUUCAUUUCCGUCUCCUGUGGUGAUGAACCCAAUUUAUCGACCAGAUCCCUUUGGCGUACAGGCUGUUAUUCCCACUGGUGAUGCUACAAGAGAGCUUCAUCGGAAGGCACCUUGGCACCACAAGAUGAGGAAUUAUCUCAAAUCCGAAGUAAGUGAUCUCAAGGACCGUACUAUUCACGCAUUCUCGGCACAUCAUCGCACUAGGACCGAAGAGCUUCAAGCCGAUACAGCACACCGUGAAGAGCCUGGAGAAUCAGAUGAAGACAUUGGAACCAGAAAGGCAAGAGCAGUCUCGAGGAAUUGGAAAAGAACUGAUUUGAUGGCAUGUUAUAUUUGUCUCGUCAUUCUUGUCAGCUUCUUCAGCUUUGGAUCGACCAAUUCGCCCUUAAUCAUUACUGAAGCACUCCAUGAUUUUGCAAUGAGAGGAGAAGUAAGAUUCUACCAAUUCGAGUUGGCAUUAUCAAUGUUGGAUGUAUCCAAAGUCAUCGGGAUCAUUAUCUUUGCUAAGCUCACAAAUACCCAAUCUCGUCCUCUCGCCCUCUUAGUUGCUGUCCUAGUUGCUAGCGGAGGUGCAGGGCUGGCUGCAUUUGCUGUGACUUGGGAGUCGUUCAGCGCAGGCACUGCAUUGUUCCACCUAGGGAUGUCAGGAGCUUUACUGGUAUCUCAAGUUAUUGUUGCUGAUACUAGCGACCUGAGCUGGAGAGGCAUAUUGCUUUGGGGUCUGGAGAUGAGUUCAAUUCUCUGGGUUUGGUCAAAACCGACUGUGGCAAAAUCUAUUGUUGGAAAGGUUGAAUGGAAUGUCCCUGUCUGGAUUUUCUUCAGUUUUUCAAUACCAGCCAUGAUUCCAUGCAUUGUCACUACAUAUAUCUUUCACCGCCGGGCAAAACAUGGUGGUUUUUUCCCAGCAUCAAACCAUGUUUACAACCAUAUCUGGUGGAGCCCGAAAGGAUUAUGGAGAAGGCUUAGCUUGCUAAGUUGCGAGCUGGAUCUUUUAGGGAUGUUCCUAUGGUCUUUAGGCAUGGGCCUUUUAUCUACGACGUUAUCAAUGUCCGAGAGGAUGCAAGCCGGGAUCGGAAUGUGGGUAGUCGCGCUGGUCACUAGUGGAAGUUUAUGCAUCAUGUUGCUCGCUCUUUGGGAGGUAUGGCUUAACAAGGGCUUGAAGACAACACAUAAAGCGCGGAGACAGGCACGACGCGCCCCUAGAGUCACAUGGGGUGCUCUCCCAGGGGAACGUGUAAUGAUGAUGGGGCCUGCUGUACCUGUCGGAUACAGUUCAAUCACAAUGGAACAAGCGGCAGCAGAGUUAUCUGUGAGGAUUGCCGAAUCGCAGGAUCAAGGGAAACUCAAAACUUGGAGAAAGUUUUAUAAUAGUUUUAGAGAGAAAUGUCACCCUCUCUUCCGGGAAAGGCUGUUAAGAACGUUUACAAUUCCUGUGGGAUGUAUGAUUGGGUUUUUGGCAAGCUUUGCCAUGAAGAUCGGGUCCUGGUCCCUCUGGGAUCGACUGGAGACUUUACCUAUUUCAUAUAGAAGGAUUAUUGAGUCGUUACAAGGAGGGUAUACCCUUAUCAACGUCGAAUUUACCUCCCUCAUGGUAGGCGGUUUCUUUUCGGGGUUGCUCAUUCGUUUGAGCCGUACUUACAAGGUUUUUGUGGUCGGCGGGCUGUUCCUUAUGAUUUGUGGUCUUUUGGUCUUUCAAUCCACCGAAGUGUAUGAAAUACAAACCUUCCAAAUUUUCAUGUCCCAAGCCAUUACUGGGGUUGGUGCUGGUAUGGUAUGGAUAAGCCUUCUGGCUGGUGUGCAAGCCUCUUGCAAGACGCAUAGUGAUGUUGGCAUGUCUAUAGGCUUACUCACAAGUUCAAAUAUACUUGGAGCGAUGGCUGCAGGGGCCAUGAAACGGUCUAUGCAGGCAUAUAUGAUGAACCUACUACCCCCAGAGACUUCGCCAGAAUACUUCUUGCGGGCGUUGAGCGGUCAUUGGAGUGUUAUGCUCAUAGUAGCAAUAAUUGCGGCAGCAUUGGCUCUAGUGACGACAGGUGUUGGAUUAACAGGAUACAACCUGGACAAGGUCAAGCAACAUGUAUCUGGGGUCGUAUUUGGAAGGGAUGAUGCCGACCGCCACAACUUACUUGAUGAACAUGCUAGCUCUCGGACUCUCUCUCCGUUCGUUUCUACCCCCGAGUUUCAAGGUUCGCCUCUAAAUGCACCAACGUCCUCGCCAUCUACGACUCAUUUGGACGGAGUAAGGACUGCUGAGAACUAUAACGCAAUGCUUCUACAAAAGCGCGCAAAGUUUCGUGGAAUUAGCCCACCUCCGCGCCCGAGAAGUUUUUCUGAAGAGGAAGAAGAAUCGCCCCCUAAAACUGAGAAGUCUAUGGAUAAUCAAGAGCGUGAAAAUACAGGAUCGGGGACCGCACCUUCUGAAUCAGCGAAAAUUAUAUCCCGCCCAAUCAGUGAUUCAUGCACGGCUCUGUCACCGCCACUGCAGAUUCCUGAAAGCUAUGGAUGUGUAUUUACAAUGGAUUCAGACUUGGAACCGACUCCUUGGGCUACUACCUCUAAGAAGGUUGAGUCUUCAAAGGAACUAGGAAUUGAUUCUUCGCCCCCCCAACAGGCUAAUACGAUUGAAUAUAGAGGACCAGCCACAAUGAAAAGGAUGAUCAGUAAAGCCCGAACUUCUAACGUACCUGUGGUUGCUGAAAGUUCGAGUAGUUGUAAGACACAGUUCUCGUUCAAAAAAAGACCAAUUGGUUCAGUACCUUUCGGCCCGAAAAAGGAUCUUAGUCCGGAGAAUAAUAUUGGCCUCGGGAAUAUUACUAGUCUGAGGAAUGCUAUUAGUCAAGGAAAAAAUGUGGAAAAUGAGGCAAGAGACAAGCCAACCUGGAGCAAUUCGACCUCGACUAGCAAUAAAGAAAGCUCUGAAUCCAGCAGCGUUUUUGAGGAGUCCAUUGUGGUUAACGGGUCUUUUGAUGCUCAGACCCCAAUGGACUGGGACAUUCUCGACGACAUUAGUGCAAAUGGCACCAUUCGCACACCGGAAUCUAACUCUUUGACCGAAUUUGGAGAUUCUGGGAGCGGGAAAGCUUCACCGUACUCACAUGCCGUACUUGGUCUGUCUUCGGAUGGGGAACAGGAAAUUUUGCAGAGAUGGCAGUCUUGGGUAGAAGAUGGUGACAUUUCGGAUGUCCCGUCUGAGGCGCGCGAGGCAUCUGAUGAAGAACCUUCUCUCCCAUCUGGUCAGGGGGUGUCGCAGAUCACUUCUGAGGUUAACGCCCUAACUGUCAAGAACUCAUACUCACCAGAGCAGUACUUGUCUACAAUUGAGGAGCUUAGUUCUAAAGCGCCAUCCGCAACUGAUUCUGUCGACUUGUCUUUCAUUGGAGGAGCAGGAAGUCAGUUCCAAGCACGUCCUCCUUUGGUCAUCGGCGUUUUGUCGCCAUAUCAUCCUCAUCCACGCGAGAGAGCUGAGGGAGAUAUGGCCGGCGCAGGCCAAAGUGCAGCUGCUGGUUCCGGAUCCAAUGGCAAGAGAAACAAAAACAAAAAGAGAGGUAUGGGAAAGGAGGAGGGAGUGGCUAAUAGUGAUUGA